GGAUAAAAACAGCCGCUCGUCAGUAAUUUCAUCGCGCUUACAAAUUGGACAGAUAUAUUCAAUUUGCCUGUGCAUGUCUUGCGUGACAGUGUCUCUCGUGCAGUAGAUCAAUGGCGGGAUGUGAGUGGCGUCUGUCGCUUAAGCUUCUGGAUCAACCUUCAGUGCCAAAGUCUGUACUGCGGUUUCCAGAGACCGAACCUGGUGAUGUUCCUCCCGGAGAGUAUCGGGUCUCUACUCUCAAACAGCUCGUUUCCGCACUAACUCCCGAUGAUAUACCAGAUCCUGACCUCAUAGAAUUGGUGUAUUGUGGAAGAAAGUUGAAAGAUGACUCAACUUUAGAGUCGUAUGGGAUUCAGUCUGGAUCUACUGUGCACAUCCUGCGAAAGUCAUGGCCAGAGCCGGAGAUCCAACCUGAGCCAGUGGACAAGGUUGCUGCCGCCAGGGAAUUUCGUGUUUUACAGGCAGCCCUUCACUCCAGCACUGCAUACAGAGACUCGGUGUUCAAGAUGCUGAACAACAAGGAAUCUCUGGAUCAAAUCAUAGUUGCAACACCUGGCCUGAGUAGAGAUCCAGUGGCUCUAGGGGUACUUCAAGACAAAGACCUCUUCGUACAAUUUACAGACCCAAACAUGCUUGACACGUUGGUCAGUUCUCAUCCUGCGCUGGUCAAUGCCAUCAUCCUGGUGCUACACUCAGUGGCAGGCAGCGUGCCACCCCAGCAGAGCGCCAACUCCUCCAGAAAUGUGUCUUCUAGCUCUUAUAGUGACAUGCCAGGUGGUUUUCUCUUCGAUGGAACGUCUGAUGAUGAAGAAGAUUUCCAAUCGGGAAAUCGGGGUGGACCGUCCAAUCUUGCUAGUGGUUUAGCAGGCAUGAGACCAGCCUCUCUUGGUUAUAAUGGCGCCGCUGGCCCCAGACCCAUCACUCAAAGUGAGCUGGCCACAGCUCUGGCCCUCGCCAGCACCCCCGAGAGCAGUGCUGCCACACCAACUACAGGAAACCAGUUACAGGGUCCCUCUUCGGGUGUGUCCCCGAUCCCUGCAGGGACCCCCAUAACAAAUGAUCUGUUUAACCAAGCCCUACAGCAGGCACUACAGGUGUCCAGCAUAUCCAGCUUGCAGAACCAGUGGCAGUCGCAGCUCCAACAGUUGCGGGACAUGGGCAUCCGUGAUGAGGAGCUCAUCCUAAGAGCACUGCAGGCCACGGGUGGAGACAUCCAAGCUGCCCUGGAGCUCAUAUUCGCUGGAGGAGCACCAUGAGGCAGUUCUCUUGAAUAAAACAACCCCACCUCAAAUAAUAUAUGAGUAAUUUAAACUCUUAUUCCAUAGUAUCAUUUUUAGCUUAUAGUUGUCUCUUUUAAGUAUGUACAUUGAAUAUGUGUGUGGUACAAGACACUAUCGGCUGUCUAGAGAUUGUCUUAAAGAAAUACACAUUUGUGUCGUCUUGUUGUGGUGAUACACUGUUUUGUUUAGUUAUUAUUUUGGGAGAUAUUUAUUUAAGCUAAAAGCUUAGGUUUGCCUGACAAUCGUUUAUUUAUUAAACUAUUACAUAAAUGUCA